AUGAAGAUUGAUGAGAUUCCAGAUGGUGCUGUCAAACCAUCAAAUAUAAAAUUUCCCAUCUUCUUUUUUGGUACUCAUGAAACAGCAUUCCUGGGUCCUAAAGACAUAUUCCCAUAUUUGAUCAAUAAAGACAAAUAUGGCAAACCUAACAAAAGGAAGGGUUUCAAUGAAGGCUUGUGGGAAAUUGAAAACAAUCCUAAAGUGGAGCUUAAUGGACACAAGGUAACAAAGGCUGGAGAAGUUUCAGUUAAAGAUUUGAGCAGCAAUGAAGAGGGAGAUGAUGAGAAGAGGACAAAGUCAGCUCAAAUUGCUCACAGUGAGGGGCUGGAGGAGGAGGACAUUGAAAAGGAAGAUGGUGGUGACAUGGACGUUUCUGAUCAGAGACUUGUUAAAGAUGAAGACCCAUCACAGAAAGAUUCGACAAAUGUCUCUGCCAAAGCUAAAAGAGGAAGGAAGAGAAAGAGUGAUGCUGAACAAGACUCUGAUACAGAAAAUUCAAGCCCAACUGCAGGCGGUCCUGGUUUAGAUUUUUUAUCAGCAGGUACAUCAAUUAUGUUACUGAAGCGCAGAGGAAGGAAAUCUAAAACAGAGAAGUCAAUAAUACUACAACAACAGGCUUCAAAGGAAUCACCAAGGUUAGGUAAAGAUGGAAAGAGAGAUGAUAGAAAAUGUGACAAAAGAAAGGAGUCCACACUGCAGAAGUUGCACGGGGAGAUUAAGACAUCAUUGAAGAUUGGUAAUCUAGAUGUAAGGAAAUGUGUACAUGCAUUGGAUGAGUUAAGCUCACUACAUAUUACCACUCAACAUCUUCAGAGACAUUGUGAACUCAUAGCAACUCUGAAAAAGGUCUGCAGGUUCAAAUCCAGCCAGGAUGUGAUGGACAAAGCCAUUAUGCUUUAUAAUAAGUUUAAAAGCAUGUUUUUAAUGGGAGAAGGAGAAUCAGUGCUAAGUCAGGUGCUCAAUAAAAGUCUGACUGAACAGAAACUAUUUGAAGAAGCCAAGAGGGGAGUUCUAAAAAACACAGAACAAACCAAAGAGCAGAAAGAUACCAAAAUUUUGAAUGAAGACUUCAACUCAGAAGAGGAUGCUGAGACAGAGAAGGACAAAUCAGGAGGAAAUAUCUUAUCUAUGUGUGAAUAAUCCUGCAGAAGAGUCUGUCUGAAAAUGUUUGUUCACUGACGCCACGAAUCUCAGCUUCCCAGCCAGAAGAUCAUCAUAUUGCAAGCAUCUUUUUAGUGUUAGAUUUACUGUUUACUGCCUCUAAGUCAAAUUUUUAACAGUGCAGUUAUCUAAUCUAUUUAGUGAAAAUGUGUCAACGUUUAGCAUUUAGUUUUUGCUUUAUAUCUAAACCUGUGUUUAUUUUAAUAGUUGAUCCUUGCUUGUGUUUGUGUUUAGACUGCUUUAAUAAAAACUGUUUAAUCUUA